AUGACUGUCGGCAACGCUUUACUCAGACCCAUGGUGCAGCUGGCGAAAUAUCACAUCAGAACCCGUAGCACAGUGACGUUUGUGCAAGGGUGUGGGCAGGCAAAAAGAGCACAAAAGCUUAGCGAACAAUUGAUGAAAAUGUCAGAACAGUACUUCUCGAAUGUGGUCAUCAUGUUCUACGGUGACGAUUUUCGAUUCACAACGCCGUUUGAAUGGAAAAUUCAAUAUGAAGCUCUUCGGUUCCUGUUCGACGAGAUCAAUUCGAAGAACGAAAUAGAGAUAGGAUUCGGUACUAUCACCAAAUUCUUCGAUGUAUUAGAGGAAUGGUAUACUGGAAGAGGAACGCGACCAACUACUCUCAAAGGAGACUUUUUCCCAUAUGAGUUACAUGCGUCUGGUUCAUGGUCUGGAUAUUAUUCAACUAGGCCGUUCUACAAGGCACAAGAAAGACGUCUUCAUUGGUUACUACGAGCUGCUGACCUGCUGUCUGCUCAAGUGUCAAAGGAUAAGCGCUCACCGAAUACAACGGCAAUGCUGAAUACUGCUCGAAAGGCAUUGCUUCUGUUCCAGCACCACGAUGCCAUUACUGGAACUAGCAAAAAACAUGUGAUGAAGGACUAUUCUGAACAAUUACAUAAUGCAACUCUGCUGGCAAAUUCAGUGAUUGAAUCAUCUCUUGGCGCAGUGAGUAAUGACAAGGAAGAAAUGGUGGAAUACAGUAUGUCAAGUCAAGCAACAACUUCCCUGAAAGUACUGGAUGUCACUAAGAAGAAUGUCACGACCCUGAAAGUCGUUAAUACUCUCCCAUAUCCUAUGGAAGACGUUGUCAGCGUACGAAUAAACAAUGCGAUGGUCGAGGUCGAAUUCGAUGGGCAAUCGAUUGAAGCACAAAUUGAGCCGUACAUCCGUGAUGGAGAAAAUCGAUAG